CUUGCAGGCACUCUACCCUCCGCCCGCGAGGGGGCUGCAGACUGGGUGCUCCUCCCUCCCCGCCUCGGGAGAGCUGCAUCCGGGGCUUCCGGAAGCUGCACGCGCCGUCCCUCUCUUCCCUCCCCGCCCCACUCGGGUCCGCCGCUUCCCCUGCUCUAGAGUUCUGCUCCUUCCACCGCAGGGGCCUGGGGCGGUAGCGGCCAUGUCAGCGGCGGGGACAGUUGCGGGCCGCGGCCUGAAAGCGGCGGCUCCCUACCUGCCCCCAGCCGGGGACGGGCAGGGCAGCCGGGGGAGUUUCCUGGGCCCCCGUCCCCCGGCCGCGGUGGAGGCCAUGGCCCGGCAGUUGCGGGGCCUGGACAGGGACUUGUUCCGGCAGCUGCUGAAGGUGGUGGUGAGCGCCUUGCAGGGCGAGGACUGCCGGGAGGCCACGCGGCGUCUCGUGAACUCGUCGCCGCUGUCGGAGGCGCAGCUCGGCGUCCUCGUCGCGGGCAUGUACGCGCUGCUCCGGGAGGCCCUGCGGCUGCCGGCGUCCGCCCUCAAGCCCGACGUCUUCAGGGAAGACCUGCAGCAGCUCCAGGUGCCCGACGAGUUUGUGGCGGAUUUUGCCAACGUGGUCUUCGGCAGCCGGCGCCCCGACCUGGACGGCGUGGCCCGCGAGCAGGGCGCCCGGCUGCCCACGGUGGAGGACUUCAGGUGGAGGGUGGACGUGGCCAUCUCCACCAGCUCGCUGGCCCGCUCCCUGCAGCCGUCCAUCCUGAUGCAGCUGAAGCUCUCGGACGGGAAGGCGCAUCGGUUUGAAGUGCCAGUAGCCAAGUUUCAAGAACUAAGGUACAACGUUGCCUUGAUCCUGAAGGAAAUGAAUGACCUAGAAAAGAGGUGCAUUCUUAAAAUCCAGGACUGACGCCGCCUGCCUGUGAUUAAGUUCGGCAACUCCCAAGAAGUUAAUAAAAUAAAUAAAAAAUAAAAACAACCCGGAAUCAUGAAGCGUAGACAUGUCUUUCAACAUUGUAUCAUUUCUCUUACUGUACUGUAAAUAUUUUUCAGUUAAGUAUUGGUUGAGAAAAACAACGUUAAGUGAGGGGUUUUUCCUCAAAAAAAAAAUCCUUAAGAAGAUGACCGUUUAUGUUUGAAAUGUUUUGUAUGAUUUAUAAGGAAACACUUUAAAAUAACUAAUAAAGACUGGAGAUUUUCCAAGAAAAAAAGAUGAGCCAUCACAA